CAUUAAUGUUAUGGAUCCCGAUGACAAAUUGUCACAUAUUUGCAGUACUUUACUUUCCUUUAAAUCUAGAUGGAAUUUAAUGAUGAUCCUCGGAGGGAAGUCUCACUCUAAUGGCGUUCCAUGAGUAUCUGAAGCAAACGGGGUACCCUUUCAUAUGCGCAGCGGCCACGCUUGUUCUCUCUGUUUCAGCUCUUCUACUAUUCAACGGUCCACCAUGGAAGAACUACCUGUAUCAGAUCGACCAGCAAAGAUCUCAGUCCUUGCCAACUUCGACCCGAGGUUCCAGUGAAGCUCAUGGUGAUUCGAAAGGAUCGGAGACCAUGGAGUCAAGUGUGAGUCAGAACCCACAUUCUAGUGAUUUGAAGAGAGAGAAAGGGCUCGAUAAAGAACAAGUGAAACAAAUCUCUCUCUACAAUUGGGUUUUGUGUGGGGGGCCUGGUUCUAUGGAUUACAUCCCAUGUCUUGACAAUAUGAAGGCCAUUAAAGCGCUCAAGUCCAGAAAACGGAUGGAGCAUAGAGAGAGACACUGUCCAAAGCCGAGUUUGAGAUGCCUGGUUCCUCUUCCCAAAGGGUAUAGGAAACCCGUUCCUUGGCCCAAGAGCAGGGACAUGGUUUGGCUUAACAAUGUUCCUCACACAAAACUUGUUGAAUACAAGAAGGACCAAAAUUGGGUACAAAUAUCCGGGGACUAUCUUUCUUUUCCUGGAGGUGGAACUCAAUUCAAAAAUGGAGUCUCAAGAUAUGUUCGAUUUAUUGAGAAGAUUUUUCCCUAUAUCAAGUGGGGGAAGGAUGUUAGGGUUAUUCUCGAUGUUGGUUGUGGUGUUGCAAGCUUUGGGGGUUAUUUGCUUGAUAAAGGUGUCCUUACCAUGUCGAUGGCCCCAAAAGAUGAACAUGAAGCUCAAAUACAACUUGCUCUAGAGAGAGGAAUUCCUGCGGUGCUGUCUGUUAUAGGGACACAAAGGCUGACAUUCCCUAAUAAUGUGUACGACAUAGUACAUUGUGCACGAUGUAGGGUUCAUUGGGAUGGAGAUGGUGGCAAACCAUUGUUGGAGAUCAACAGGGUUUUGAGACCUGGUGGAUUUUUUGUAUGGUCUGCAACACCUGUGUAUCGAGAUGACCCAAAAGAUCAGGAUAUUUGGAAAGCUAUGGUUGCUUUGACAGAAUCGAUAUGCUGGACAAUGCUUAUGAAGGAAACUGAUUCAGAUGGAAUUGGAUUUGUCAUAUAUCAAAAACCAGUCUCUAAUUCUUGCUAUAAAACACGAGCAGUACAAUUGCCCCCUUUAUGUGAAGACAAGGACAUGCAUAACGCUACAUGGUACAUACCUCUGGGGACUUGUCUUUAUGAAAUUCUAUCAUCAGGCUCAGAUAAUCGAUACGGCUGGCCGGAGCAAUGGCCUGAAAGGCUUAAUAGAAAACCAUUGUCACUUUCGGAGAAAUUGGAUGCUAUGAGUUCUAGGGGGGAUUUUUAUGAAGAUGGUAAAUUCUGGACAAGAAUUGUAUCAGAUCGUUAUCUGCAUGGAUUUGGAAUUGACUGGUCAGGGAUUCAAAAUAUAAUGGAUAUGAAUGCAGUGUAUGGAGGGUUUGCUGCAGCACUUAUUUAUAAACCAGUCUGGGUAAUGAAUGUUGUGCCUAUUGAUGGCCCAAACACUCUGCCUGUUAUCUUUGACAGAGGGUUGAUUGGAAUCUAUCAUGACUGGUGCGAGUCUUUUAACACGUAUCCUCGGACAUACGAUCUCCUCCACGCUGAGUAUCUCUUUGGAAAUCUUUUACCAAGGUGUGACAUUAUAGAUGUCACGGCAGAAAUGGAUAGGAUUUUGAGACCAGGAGGAUGGGUGGUGGUGCAUGACACGAUGGUGGUCAUGGAGAAACUAUUGCCUCUUGUGCGCUCACUUCAUUGGGAUAUCACCCUUUCGGAUAGUGGGUAUCUUGUCGCUAGAAAAGGAGAGUGGCGCCCUUCGCUACGAGGAAGCAACAGUUGAGUUGGAAUGGAACUCAUAAUAUUGUCGUCAGUUUGAAAUUUUCUUGUUUUUGUUCAUUUGAAUUUUUUUUUUUGGUUAAUAAUGUUCAUAUAACGAGAUCAAAACAUGGCUUCAAAAGGAUGUUCGAAUGCGAUGCUGGCAUAGAAUCCCAAUCUUGCACUUCAAUCCUUGUUUUUCCGGUAUAAAAAGUUGCAUUAUGUUCUAGUUUUGCAGAAUGAAACAGGGUUUCAUGGUC